GGGUUUAGCAUUCGGGGUCUGCAGCGCUUAGGGUUUAGGGGGGGCGAUAAAAGAGAUCUUGAGCGGUAAGCUACCUCAGGUACGUUCGUCAAUGCCUGCACCUGUUCUAUUAUUACAGUAGUAUUAGGAGCACACAUACAUGUAUAUAGUAUUUAUAGUUAUCCGUAAGGCCAAGAGAAAAGGCAGAUAUGGUGAUAGAUAUCGUGGCAAAGGCCAAGAGAAAAGGCAGAUAUGGUGAUAGAUAUCGUGGCAAAAGCCAGAGAAAAGGCAGAUAUGGUGAUAGAUAUCGUGGCAAAGGCCAGUGAAAAGGCAGUUAUGGUGAUAGAUAUCGUGGGUAAGAUUCCGGUGAGGUAGAAUUAGUGAAAGAUGCGAUGGCUAUAUCGUCGGCAAUCGGAGGGGGGCAAGCAAUUUCAAAGGCUGAGCAGGAGGAGAAGGACGGGCGAUCUAAAGAGGCAGAUCAGGAGGAGAAGAAUCAGGAGAAAGAAGACGACGACCUAGAUGAUGCCCAUGGAUACUACGACGAUGAUGACUUCGAAGAUUACGAUACGGAUUUCGAGACCGAUGAGGAAACCGCUGAUAGUAGCAGUGAAUGGAGGCAUGAUUGUCAAUUGCUGCCGUCGAUUGAUGAGAAUCCGACCGAUGGACGAAGCGCCGGGGAUGAGUCAGGAGGAGGAGGAGAGGGGAUUCCCGGGGCCGGGAGCCACGCUGGAUAUGAGGCAUCAUGGGCUCGUUUAUCUGCCGGAGGCGGUGGUGGGUAUCGCAAGAAGAUUCUUGGCGCCUGCGUGGUCGAUUCGCUGUCCGUUGCAGCACGUGCAGCCUUGCGUAGUGUCACAGCGGAGGCGCUAAGGCAGAAGGAGAAGGAUGAUCCCGAUCAUCAUCAGUAUCAAGAUCAGCAGCGGCAUGAUCCGACGGUGGCGGUGGUGUCUCGAGGAGGAGGAGGAGGAGGAGGAGGAGGUAAGUCGAGACUGCGAAGGAUCUUGGCCGUCGUCAAGCUAGAGGAGGUGGGGGGGGAGUUGUUCGAUCUCCCACCCCUCUCCUUACACGCCCUAUACGAGCUGGGACGUGGGCCAGCUCUUCUACGCCACGUGGCCGCCACUCAGACAGGAGAUGAUGCUGACGCGGCAUCCGUGCAGACCGAGGAUAUCAGCUAUGGACACGUGGCGGUUCAAUGCCCGGACGAUCUCGCUCGAUCGACGGCUGAGGAGCAGGCGGGGGCCAUGGCCGUCGACUGUCGGGGGGUGGGUGAUGACGAAUACGAAGCGGAAGAGGAGGAGGAGGAAAUGGGGGAGGGGGAGGAGGAGGAGGUGGAGGAGGAGGAGGAGGAGGAGGAGGAAGGGGAUGGCGAUGGAACCGAGGGGGGGCAAUCGCCAAGCACGGUGGGUUGGGGAGAUGGAGAAAGAAGAAGAAGAAAGGGAGGAAGAAGAAAGAGGAGGAGGCGGAGAAGAAGAAAAGGUUAUGGCAGGGAAAACGACGUAGAGGACGAGGAACAUGACACGGUGAUGUCACUGAAGGAGGAAGGGCGACAGAUAGCAAUUCUUGAGAGAGAGAGGGACUACAAAUCGCGGCUUAAAGUCUUCCUGGAAAAGGUCGAGCUGACGUGGAGUACCAUGCUGACUAAGGACAAGAGGAAAGAAGGAGGGGAAGGAGCAGCAGGAAGACGACGGCCACCUCCAUCCUUACUUACAACAUCGGGCAGAGGGAUAAACGACAAGCAAAGGGAGAUGGAAGUCUCUUCUUGUCUGAACUGCACAGCUUGCGUAGACCUAUGGUGGGAACCAUUGCUUCUUGGUCGGAGAUUGAUGACCGUCACUCUGCUGGACACUAGAUGGUGCCAGGUGGCGUGUGCGUAUAGUCCUCCGGAAAAGGGAGUGGAGGAGGGAUCUCCACCCCCACCACCACCACCUCCUCCGCCUCACACUUCUCCUCCUUUUCCUCCUCCUCCUCCUCCUUCUCUUCCCUCCCAGCCGCAGAGUCUUAGUAAUCAAGGAUGCAUCUUAAUGUGGGAUCUCUGGGCCGUUGGAGCACCCCAAAGGGUGCUGAUAUGCCACGGGACCCCGACGUGCUGUCUGUUCGUCGACUGUGUCGAGAUCGAGACCGACAAUCGCAGGCGUGAGGUUCUCAUAGCCGGCACAUGUAGAGGAACGCUCUGUCUAUGGGACUUAUCCUCUGAUCCUAAAGCGGACACCAUAGCCGGCGGAGGUGUCAUGAUGUUCGACCCAGAGUUAAAGAUCGCAUGUGAGCGGCCCACCUACAUUACAGACGCCGACACCGAAGGUAAUCACGUCGGCCCUGUUUUGUCCGUCCGAUUGAUCCGAUCAGGCAACCAGGACGAUCGGUCGACGGGUUCCCAGGGCGACGUGGCGCUAGGGGGAGGCGGCGGAGGAGGGGGAGGAGGACUGAUCAGCCGUGGGCAGAUCCGACAGCCAGGAUCUUCUCGGCUGGCAAGCCUGGACGGCUCAGGUGUUGUCCAUAUCUGGAUGCUUGUCGGGAUCCCUCGCGGUUACCACGACGUGGCUGUCGGUGUAGGCGACGCUGAUAUGGGAUUGAGAAUUGGCGGGAAAGUGCGCAUCACGCACUCGGCGUCGUUGAAUCUUGCUGAGUGGAUGAGACCUACCCCACCAGCUGUGCUGCAUCAGGCGAGGAGGGGCCAGCAGCACCAUCUCUCGCAGGUGAAGAAACAGGGGGAGGGAAAGGACGCGGAGGAGGAGGAGGAGGAGGAGGAGAGGCAAAAUCGACGAACCACGUGCCUCGCAGUGUUGCAGGCCUCCACUGGCACCGAUUUCCUUCUUGGAGACGAUCGAGGCCGUUGCUGGCGCAUCAACAGCAUGAAGACACAUGGCACUAAGCGGAUAUCCUCCCUUGCUCCUCGGUAUUACGCGGAACCCGAUCCCGACAGAACUGGAGCAAACGUUGUCACUUCUAUGUCUCUAUCGUCGCACUCAGAUCAGCUCCUCGCUGUUGGAUACGGCAAUGGACAGUGCGCUGUCUUCUCCGUCGACUCGUCUGCCCCCUUGAUUGCCUGGGAAAAUGCUUGCGUCGGACCCGUCAUAGCCGUCAGAUGGUCACCGGUGAAACCAUCGACUCUCUUUGUCGUGGAUGGCGCGCUGUCUGUGCUUCACGUUUGGGAUUUGAUGGCCGCUGACCUCUCGUCUCCCGUGGCGUCCGUGAGCUUGACACGUGUCGCAGGUCAGGCCGAUGCUGCAGCCGCAGACGUCCAAUGUACACUUAACAACAAGGGGGUGCAAACUGGCGGGAAAGAAGACAACAGGAAAGGAAAGGGCGGGAGAUUCGAUCUCAGCGGACGGCCGGAACCAGCGGCGGCGGCGGCGGCGGCAGCGCGUGUGUUUUCUUUCUACGUGUCGAGUCCACGCCGACGUCAUCACGCAGCUGAACACAAUGUCACUCAUGAGGAUCGCUACGGCGAGUACGGGGGUGAUGAGCACGACCAUGAGGGAGGAGAGGGUCGUGCUGAUGGAGGUGAUCGGGAUGUAGGCGGACGUCAUCAAAAAGGUGGAGGGCGCAUUGGCCGCGAGUUUCACGGCGCUAGUCCCGCCAGUUUAGCUGCAAGCGAUCCGAGUGGCGGCGAUGGCGGGAAGGACUCCCAGUCGCAUCGCCUUGCUCAAUGUGGGCGAUCGGAUUUGGCGGGAAAUCGGCAAACAGAUGAGGAGGAAGAUUCUUGGGCAGGUCGUCUCGCCGCCGUUGGCUAUUUCGAUGGCCAUGUGUCAGUGCAUCUGCUCUCUAACCCACCCACCCCCCUCACCACCCCCCCAGUACAGGUGUCAUCGGACUUGACUCUCAAGCAAGCAUUACGGAUGCGAAGAACUGUACAAUCCGGGACUCACUAGUAAUUAAGACCAUUCAGUACCUACCUUCUUCCCCCGAAUACAACGUCCUGUCAUUUUAAC